ACUAAGCCCUUGCCAGAAUCCAGCCAUGGGGGAUAUGAAAACCCCGGAUUUUGACGACCUUCUGGCUGCCUUUGACAUCCCAGACCCCACCGGCCUUGAUGCCAAGGAGGCCAUCCAGACGCCCAACGAGGGAAAGGAGAGUCCCCUCAAACCUCCACGCGUGUGUACGGCUGAGAGCGUGUCCUUGUCUCACUCAGGAUCAGCCCCAGAACUGCCGGCCGUGAAUGUCAUUGUCAAGAACACCAGCCACCAGGAGUUGUUUGAAGCGGAAAAAGACCACAUUGUUCCCAGUCUCCUACCCAGUGAAUUCCGGGGCUCAGACCUACCUCCAGAUCCUCACACCGGUGGGAAGUUUGAUUCCACUUUCAUGAAUGGAAACAGUGCUAGGAGUUUCCGUGGCAAGAUGGAGCUUCCCAAGUCAGAGCCAUUACCCACCUUCAACCAGGUCAGUCCAGUCUCCAGCCCAGAACCUGAGUAUCCCAUCAAAGAUAACAGGUUUGGGAUAAAGUUCAAGCCCCCUGACGAUUAUUUCCCACCCCCUUCUGGGUGCAGGGCUGUGGGUGACCCAGUUCUAGAGUCUCCGGCUAAGUUUCCAGUCCCAGAGAUGCAUGUGUUCAAUCAAUUUUGUAAGAAAGAACCCAAUUCAGAACCCCUACCCUUGGCAAGCCAGGAGGAGCACGAUCGAGGUGAGCAGAAGGCAGUGGAGCCUCACAAAGAGCUGGAUGCCAGUCGAUUCUUUGGGGAAGCUUUGGAGCUCAACAGCACCCCUGGCAAUAGUAUCAGACAACCCAAUGGGCCUGUCUGUGAACUUGGUACCAGCUCAUCAGUGCCCCCUAGGCAGCAUUUUAAGCCAGCUCAUUCCAAACUGUCCUCUUAUGUUGCAGCCUUAGUGGCCCCUCAGGCCAAAAGAGCAGCCAGUGUCACCAAGGAGGAUCAGCCUGGCCACACAAAGAAUUCCUCACGGCCCACUAAAGAGAGUUCUAAAGGCAGUCCCAAAGUGCCUAAGCCACCAGAGAGUCCCCGGAGCCCUCUGGAGGCCACUAGAAAAAGUAUUAAGCCAUCGGACAGCCCUCAGAGCAUCUGCAGUGACAGCAACAGCAAAGACUCCCCUUCCAUGGCUGCCAGCUCCCCACCAGCAAUUCCCAAAGUCAGGAUCAAAACCAUUAAGACAUCAUCGGGGAAAAUCAAACGGAUCAUCACAAGGAUCUUGCCAGACCCUGAUGAUUCAAGUAAGUACCCUGUUGGGUCACCUCUGGGGAGCACCAUUGCUGAGGCCCCAAGUAAGGUGCCAGGGGAGGAGAUGCCUGGGAAGGAGCACUUUCCUCAGGCAGGCACAAAUUCAGGCAGCCCCCAGGGUGACAGGAAAGGGGAUGAGAGCAUGAUAAAGGCCAGUGACUCUUCAUCUUCCUGCUGCAGUUCUGGGCUGCCCAUCCCAAAGAGACCUGCCUUGGGCUCACAAACGGGCAAAAAGCAACAGAGCACAGCACUUCAGGCAUCCACCCUGGCUACUGCCAACCUCCUGCCCAAAGUGGUGCACCUGGCCAACCUGAAUCUGGUCCCCCACAGCAUCGCCAUGUCAGUGACGGCCAAGUCCUUGGCACAGAGACAGAGCCAGGCACAGUUUAUGCAAAUGUCGGUGCCCCUGGUCCACCAGGUGAUAAAGGACACCUCGCUGAUUAUGGAGGUCUUCAACAAGGUCCUCCACAGCUCUAACCCCGUGCCCCUCUAUGUGCCAAAUCUCAGCCCACCUGCAGACAGCAGGAUCCAUGUGCCAGCCGGUGGGUACUGUUGCUUGGAGUGUGGAGACGCGUUUGCUUUAGAGAAGAGCCUGAACCAGCACUAUGGCCGGCAGAGCAUCCACAUAGAGGUGCUGUGCACACUGUGCUCCAAGACGCUGCUCUUCUUUAAUAAGUGCAGCCUGCUGCAGCAUGCCCGCGACCACAAGAGCAAGGGGCAGGUCAUGCAGUGUUCUCAGCUGCUCGUGAAGCCCAUCUCUAAUGAUCAGAUGUUCGGGUCGGCCCCUGUGAAUUCCAUGACACCAGCAAUCCUGGCCCCCUCAUCCUUCCCCAAACAUAGCCUCACUUCGGGCAGUGCCAGCCUCCCUCCUCCAGCCUUGCCGCUCUACGUAGACCCUGUGAGGCUCAUCAGGUACACAGUCAAGUGUCUUGAAUGUCACGAGCAGAUGCAGGACUAUGUGUUCAUGGCUGCUCAUUUCCAGAGGACAACGGAGGAAACCGAGGGGCUGACUUGCCAGGUAUGCCAGAUGCUGCUGCCCAACCAGUGCAGUUUCUGUGCCCACCAGCGGAUUCAUGCACACAAGUCCCCCUACUGCUGCCCGGAGUGUGGGGUCCUCUGUUGCUCUGCCUACUUCCAGACCCAUGUAAAGGAGAAUUGCCUGCACUAUGCCCGCAAGGUGGGCUACAGGUGCAUUCACUGUGGUGUCGUCCACCUGACCUUGGCCUUACUGAAAAGUCACAUCCAGGAGCAACACUGCCAGGUUUUCCACAAAUGCGCAUUCUGUCCCAAGGCGUUCGAGACUGCCAGCAGCACCGCAGACCAUAGCACCACCCAGCACCCCAACCAGCCCCAUAGACCUUCUCAGCUCAUUUAUAAGUGCUCCUGUGAAAUGGUCUUCAACAAGAAGAGGCACAUUCAGCAGCAUUUUUGCCAGAAUGUCAGCAAGGUGCAGGUGGGCAUCUUCAAGUGCCCUGAGUGCCCACUCUUGUUCGAGCAGAAGCCGGAGCUGAUGCAACAUGUCAAGAGCACCCACAAUGUUCCCCAAAAUGUGGAUGAGCUGUCAAGCCUCCAGUCUUCAGCAGACACAUCCUCAAGCUACUCUGACUCUCAAGUUCCCACUAAGCCCCCAGCCACUAGUGUGGCUGCUCGGGGCAGCUCUCUGCCCUCUGGCCGCUGGGGCAGGCCUGAAGCCCGUUGCAGAGCUGACGCCAGGCCCCGACUGAGGGACGCUGGCUGGACCUGCCAGGAGUGCCAGGAGUGGGUUCCUGAUUGGGAGAGCUAUGUAUCCCAUAUGAAAAAGAGCCAUGGUCGGACACUGAAGCGGUACCCAUGUCAGCAGUGUGAACAGUCCUUCCACACCCCCAACAGCCUGCGCAAACACAUCUCCAACAAUCAUGACACAGUAAAGAAGGUCUAUGCUUGCAGGUACGGCACAGAGGACAGCCCCAGCCUUCCUCAGCCCUGCCUCCUGGAGAGCCACAUCAGCCUUCUGCCUGGUAUCAGAAACCCUGAUCUGAGCCAGACGUCCAAAGUCAGACCCCCAGCUGGACAUUCCCCUCAAGUGAACCAUCUGAAAAGACCAGUCAGCAUAGCAGGGGAUGCUCCAGACACCAGCAAUGGUGCGACUGUCUCUUCCAACAAAAGGCACAAGCCCCUUUUUCAUUGUGCAAAAUGUAGCUUUGCCACAGACUCAGAGCUCAAGUUUCAGAGCCACAUGCCUCAGCACCAGAUGAACAGCUCUACAGCACAGUGUCACCUCUGUGGCUUAUGCUACAUCUCUGCCAGUUCCCUUAGUCGCCACCUCUUCAUCGUCCACAAGGUGAGAGACCAGGAGGAGGAGGAGGAGGAGGAGGAGGAGGGAGCAGAGGUGGCAGUGGAGGCAACAGAGCCAGAGGAGGGUUCCAGGGAGGAGGUGUCCAUGGAUACUAGAGAGAACGGACUAGAAGAGUGUGCCAGCGAGCCUUUGUUGGUUAACCUAGAGGCACAAUCACUGGGCCCAGCCCCAGAGGAUGAUGGUGCCCAAGAUGCUCAGAGCCAACCCCAGGCCUCUCAGGACCAGGACAGUCACUCACUGUCCCCUCAGGUGUGA